GUCCGUCCGUCCGUCCGCCUCGUUAACUGUUGCACGUGCGGCAUACUGACGCCUCAUCUCCCGCCGCCCUCUAUUUUGGCUAACUGUUGCACGCGCCUCGACGUACUCACUCACGCCGAGUCGUUCUCCGCCACCCUACGCCUUGGCGAACUGUUACUCACUCGCGCCACAAGUCUCUAAACGCCGCCACCGUCCUCCGCCUCGCGCCAUCGUAUUCCUCGACGUUUAGGAGAGGCCCGCGCUAGUAAUAGUGAGUAGAUAGGAGCGUAGCUAAGUCUUAGUAUAAGGCGAGCGACAAACGCCACCUCCACCCCCCGCGCACUGUGAGCGGAAGGAAGGAACCCCGGGUGGCGUGUAAGUAACUCUGGGUGGAGCUUGCUACGGUUACUACUACCGUCUAGUUGUCAUCACCGUCCGCCGCCUGCCCCCGUGCUUCUUGCGGGGCCGAGUGUGUGAGUGAGUGAGUGAGUGAGUCGCGUGCGGGAUCGUUUGUCCCUAGGAAUCCUUCUGGAUGAGGAAUGUGGGUGAAGGCACGGGGCGAUGUCAAAUGUGAUGGUAAUAGAGAUACUGAUGAUGUACACGCUUUCUUCUCGCUGUGAUGUUAGAUAGUGAGGAGCGGCAGUGAUAUCACAUAAAGUGGUGGAAGUAGUGAUGGAGUAUAGAGCUCACUGUUCGCUAUGUUUGUGAGAUAGAGAAGAGAGACAGUGAUAUCGCAGGGAAUUAUGCAAAUAGUUUCCUACCCUGAGCCUAUAACUGUGUAAGGAACAUAUUUAUGACUGUAGCUGUAUAUAUAUAUAUAUAUAGUGCCGAUGACGUGUUAUUGCGAUAUGUCGGCAUCUUCACAAUCCUUCUCCUUGACUUAUCCCUGAUUGGGCGUAAUUGGAAUUGGUUUGUUCAGUGAGGUUUUCAAGGCUCUUCACCCACCUGGCUCGAUCCUGUCGGAGAUGGACUUUAAGUUUGGAGAUCCUGCCUUUUACACAAACGUACCGUGUUGAAAUGGGCUAUUAUUAAACCUGCACAACCAGCAGUUGCCUGCGUGUGUGGGCGUUCCUCUGAUGCGAUGCUGGAGGUAGACCAACGCCGCCUGACGACACAUUCGUGUCCGCCCGGUGUAAAGAAAGCGGCUACGUCUUCUGCCAGCAGUAACAACAGUAGUGGUAGUAGCAGCAGUAGCAGCAACAGCAGUAAAAGCAGCAUGCUCAACGAGCGUAGCUGCACAACCGGACACAGCAAAGUCCGGUCACGUAGCCACACGCACGUCACAAAGUCUUAUGGAGAAGGCCCGCGGAGCCCGCUACGAAGCCUGAACAACGGAGACAGCAGCAGCAGCAGCAAGAGCGGCGGCAGCAGCAGCAAACAGCAUCAGGGAGUAGGGAACAGCAACAACAACGGCAGUCACAACAAUCAUCUUCAUCAUCACCAUCAUCAUCAACACGGUGGUGCAGGAGGAGGAACGCGGCACCGCCCUAGAGGUGCUAUUCGGGCGUCGUCCACAGAACGUCGAGAUGCUAGUCUCAGCGUUCUCAACCUUCUCAACAAAAGCGCGGCUCUCUGCCGGCUCAGCGAAGAACUCCGGAUCGGUUAUUCCUCCUCGGAGGGUCACCGCCAUUCCUCUUCUUCCUCCGCUCCUUUUCCUUCCUCCUCCCCAUGCGCGUAUCACGGAUGCAAUAAUAAUUCGUCGUCUCAGUGCGGCGGCCGGGCGUGUUCAGCUCACAUGCCCAACUCAUAUCGCACUUACCAGGACAUAGCUGCUUGGGCGAGCGAAGUGACGCUAGGCUCCCGUGACUUGGAGUCGCGUGGUAAACUGAACACGUCCUCCUACCCUUCUUCUUUCUCAGAGCCGUCUCCAGACGCCGCCAUUUCCACUCGUACUUUCUCAUCGUCUAAAAAACGCAAUACCAAUAACAAAACCAACCGUAACGUCAACACUUACGAAGAGCAAUCCGCCAUAACCCCACCCAACGAGCAAUGUUUACACCCAACUAGACCCUGCUGGAGUUCGAACCGGUCGCAAACCGCCUCCACCGCUGCUGCUGCUGCUGACCAUCACUACGCUACCCACUCGACCAACAACUGGUCGCCGUCGUCACCUCUGACGUCAUGGCUUGACCACCAGAGCCCGUCGUCCGUUUGCGUGUCCGGCCUGUCUGGACUGUCCGGUGUGAGUAGUAGCGGGGUCAGCCCCAUGUCCGUGAGCCCGGCGCCGUGCCGGACUAGCGGGAGGCCGAGCGGCAACAACAGCGCCUACCACCACUACUACCUGCGGCGACAGCAGCGCUCCCGCAAGUUCCGAUUUAACCUGUUCAUGUACUCCGCGCUCUACAGGAAGCAGAAGAGAAUGGACAACAACUACCUGAUAUACCACAACCCCAUGGAAGACCCAGACGCCACGUACACCAGCUUCUCCAACCCCAACUACUUCUUCAACCAGCCGCACCGCCUGCGCAGCCACCACAGCCACAGCAGCAACCCUGACGACAACAACAGCCAGGAGAACGGCCACCACCUCAGCAACAACAACAACCAUAACCACAGCAACAACAACAACAACGAGGAUGACGAUGACGUCACUAACGAGGACGGCCUCAACAACAAGAGCCGCACCACCAGCAUCAGCAACAGCUUCAGCAGCAGCAUGGACGGCGCCUCCAACCGCCUGUCGCUGGGCAAGCUGGAGCUGGACCCGGACUACUACGAGGGCCACAACGGGGCGUUCAGCGACUACUCCUCGUGCGAGCCCACGCCCACCACCCCGGACAGGACGCUCAUACUGCAGAAACUCAACUCGCCCUCCGACGACGACGACGAUGAUGAACUCGAGAACGAGAUCGAGGAGGAUGGCGACGACGAAGGGGGCGAUGAUGACGAUGACGACAAUGAGGAGGCGGAGCAGAGGAAGGGUCUACUGAGCACGGAGAAGAAGUCCAAGUCGAGGAGUAACAGCAAUAGUAGCGGUGGGAGCAGCGUCGGAGGGGCCAAGGCGCCCAAGGGGGAGUACGUGGACGACGAGCCCCGGGUUUACUUCGGGGUGGGCUCCACCCAGUCCAAGAAGUCGCGCGGGAUUCUGGGCUAUCUGGAGAUGCUGGAGCAGCAGGCGAGGGAGAGGGAGGCCAUGCUGGAGGUGGGGGUGGACGAGAGGUUCGGUGAGCGGAAGAAAGAGGACGAGGAGGAUGACGGAGAGGACGAUAGGGACGGAGACGGAGAGGAUGAGGAGGGACCCAAGGUGGAGCAGGAGGGGGAGCAGCAUGUGGAGCCGCCGGGCGAGGAGAA